CAUGUCUGUAUAUGUCAAGAAUCACUUCAGCUGCCGCACGCUAUUGCAAACAUUACUCAUCUCCUCCAGUGGUGCCGCGAGAAAAAAGUUUCAUAUUUGAUUUUUAGCUUCGGGAGAUUAUGAGGGAUUCCAAAACUGAUUUCUUUGCGAUUACUGCGCGCAACGAACCUACAGUGUAUUGGAGUGGAGGAAAAACAGCUGGAGUGCUGUCCGGGGUACUGAAGUCAAGAAGCCAGAGGUGCUGAAGAGAGCACAGGCAUUUUCACACGGGAGUGUGUCUAUGCCACUGAAGUCUUGAGAUGACUCGGAAAAGGCUGCGUUCUGUGGCUGCCUGGGGAUUCAUUGCGUGGGAAAUAGGACUAUUGCUGAGUCUGGUAGCUUCAAAAGAACCAGAAAACCCUCGAGGAAGAACAGUACCCAUGUCACCCUCUGACUUCCUCGACAAGCUCAUGGGAAGAACCUCAGGUUAUGAUGCCAGAAUUAGGCCCAACUUUAAAGGUCCACCUGUGAAUGUUUCAUGCAACAUAUUCAUUAACAGUUUUGGCUCCAUCGCUGAGACAACUAUGGAUUACAGAGUGAACAUUUUCCUCCGGCAGCAGUGGAACGACCCACGGUUAGCUUACAGCGAGUAUCCGGAUGACUCUCUGGACCUUGAUCCCUCUAUGUUAGACUCCAUUUGGAAGCCUGAUUUGUUCUUUGCCAACGAGAAGGGGGCGCACUUCCAUGAGGUCACCACAGACAACAAGCUCUUGAGAAUAUUCAAAAAUGGAAAUGUCCUCUAUUCAAUCAGAUUGACUCUGACGCUCUCGUGUCCGAUGGAUCUGAAGAAUUUCCCCAUGGAUGUGCAGACGUGCAUAAUGCAGCUGGAGAGUUUUGGCUACACAAUGAAUGACCUGAUCUUUGAAUGGCAACAGAAGGGACCCGUGCAGGUGGCAGACGGACUAACCCUCCCACAGUUCAUCCUCAAGGAUGAAUCAGAUUUAAGAUACUGCACCAAACACUACAACACAGGCAAGUUCACAUGCAUCGAGGUCCGCUUUCACCUGGAAAGACAGAUGGGCUACUACCUGAUCCAGAUGUACAUUCCCAGCCUGCUCAUCGUCAUCCUCUCUUGGGUCUCCUUCUGGAUCAACAUGGAUGCUGCACCUGCCCGUGUCGCCCUGGGAAUUACCACAGUGCUCACCAUGACAACACAGAGCUCUGGAUCCAGGACAUCCUUACCUAAGGUGUCCUAUGUGAAGGCCAUUGACAUUUGGAUGGCUGUGUGCUUGCUUUUUGUCUUCUCUGCCCUGUUGGAGUAUGCUGCAGUCAACUUUGUUUCACGGCAACACAAGGAGCUCUUAAGGUUCCGACGGAGAAGAAAGAAGUCUGGCAAGGUUAUCAGUCAAACAUUUGAUGAGGAGGUUACCGAGUCAUUGCGUCAUAUCAAUGGCCUGUGCAGUGCCAAGCCCGUUUAUGGAUCAAUGGGCCAACUCGACGAAUCAAAUGGCAUGGAGGAGGACAUGCGGGAGAGCCGGCUGAGCUUCACGCCCAAUGCAGGGAAGGACGGAGCCGUGCCCAAAGCUGCAAACAAUGUGGCCACAACACCCUCUAAACCAGCCCUUGCUGCCGGCAAGAGUCAUGAGGAGAUGAGAAAACUCUUUAUUGACCGAGCCAAGAAGAUCGACACUGUGUCCCGUGCUGGCUUCCCACUGGCUUUUCUGUUUUUCAACAUUUUCUAUUGGGUUCUGUACAAAAUCCUACGCCAUGAGGAUGUUCACAAGCCAUAGAUGGAAAGACAUGGCAUGUUGCACCAUGGGAGGCACAAUAGUAACACAGCAAUGCUUCAUCAAGAAACUCUGAUGUUAUUAUUCGUGUGCAAGACUUCUUGCCAAGAUUUAAGCUACAUACUGAAAUAACUUCCAGAAACUGUGAUGUCAAGGACCAAUGGCUGCUUUCAAUACUUUGAAUACUGUUUGUGUUGUACACUCAUAUGAGGACACUGCGCUCACUAUGCAAAUGGAAAGGCAUCCUUGGGCCUCUGGCACACCUGUCCAACACGUACACACCUAAAACAAAAGCAAUCAACACUUCCACACACCUCAGCACUGUUUCACAGUCUGACACAGAUUAGACACUAUCUACAGCCCUUUGUAGUAACAAAUGUGUGUCUUGCACUGGUUUUGUCAACUCUGUUGUCUUCAGCUUUACUGCCAAUGUUCUAUGUAGGAUUUUUUUAUAUACAGCUACAGUAAUUAAAAUGCCAAGUAUAUAACAGAGUGCAAGAGCAGAGAUAUAGCCUAUAUUAUACACAUUUCUAAACACACUGUAUGUUGUUGAUGAUUUUAUAAGGAGGCAUUGAAUAGGUUUUACUAGCAGUUGGUCAGUAUAUCAUUCAGUCCUUGACAACAGCUACUGUAUCAUUUUAUCCAGACACAGACCUGAUUGGUGACCAGCUCUAGAAACCAGCAUUCAGGCCCCCCCAAAAAAAAAAAUCCUGAGCUUAAUCUCAAGAAUGAACCAAAAAAAAAAAAAAGAAAAAAAAAAAACCUCUUCUGUUUACAGCUAUCAACAUCUUUACAUCAGCUGCUACAAGAAAACAAAGAUAUCCACCAUGAAAUGAGCUACAUUUUUAGAUUUUAAUGGGUUGUGUGAUGUUGGAAACCACAGAGCAAUCAAAACCAUUAUACCCUAAAUUAAAUAGUCCUUAAACAAAAGUGUUAUUAUUUCACUAUUGCAAGUACUUUCAAACUUUAACAAUGAUGCCAGCACAAAAAAGGUGGCUUGGGAUAAAUACUUUCAGACAUGUGUUGCAAAUUCAUAAAUGGAGAAAAUAUUUCAUGGAGGGCUGGAUAGAAAGCCUCUCUCUCUCCAAGGGCAAUGGUUAUAUCAGCCAAUGUAAUUUCCAAGAUAAGCUCUAAAAAUAUUAAAUAAUAAUAGAAAUGAAAUAUUGCCAUAUAUAGUUUGGAAUCGAGCAGUUGAUAGUUGACUGUGAAUCAAUUGAAGUGUUUUAAACAGAUGUAACAGUAUGAAUGGUCAUCAUUAGGUCAUUUAAUUAUUGUAGGAUUUUGAGGAACUAUCAAAUUACAUUAAAUAAUGUUAAAUUAUUUAUUAAGUAAUUUAUUAAAUAACAAUAUUUAAUUCUGCCUUUUUGGAAAUUUUACUUUAAAUGUGUUUGUAGUGCAUUCCAAGAAUAUCCUAAAGCAUAUUAAUGUCUUGGAAAGAUGUGUGUUUGGAAACACAAUUUAAAUUUGGAAAAAAAAUUAAAAAGGCAAAUUUGUUCAAAUAAUUUUAUCGUUA